AUGACGAACCCCAGAAUGUCAAUGUACUCUCUGGCCUCGGAGGCACCAGGUGGCAACAGAGGCACCGGCCAGCAAUCGACUCAGGUGUCUACCACGACUCUUCUCAAUGCCAUUCAUAAUAUCUACCUCUCCGCCCAGCCCUACAGGCUCGACGCUGGCACCAGCACUGUGGUCAACACCUGGCUCACUGCCUCGCAGACCGGUCCCAAUGGCUCCAUCGGAGGCACCGUCGAUGCCUCACUAGGUGCCAGUGCCUGGGAGCAUGCCAGGCGACGUGCUGAGGACGGCUGCAUUGUCUUGGGCUCCCUUCACGAGUCCACACCGUCCGUUCUGGCUCCUUUCCUCUCCUCUCUGCCCAUGUCCACGCCUUCGUCGCUCUACAAAGCUUUGGAUGCCAUUCAGCCUUUUCUGCGAUGCUCCACACCUUACAACCCUUCGACGCCUCGGCAAGCCGCCCUCGGCGUUACCCUGACCAUCAACCUAGCUGGCAAUCUCACCGCUGCCAGCAUCGCGUUGUCGCAGGGUGGUAUCGAUACCAUGAAGGGCUUGAUGAACAUUCCUUCUGAGGCCGGCUACAGGGCUUUCGACGUAUUCUAUUACCUCCUGACGUCUGCCUCAACUCCCGCUGAGCGGGAGUUCCUAGGCCUCAAGCCUGCCUCGCAGUAUGCCCUGCUGGCUCGCUCGGGUACCUACGACCCGCCCUCAUAUCUCCCGACCGCCGAUGAUGCUGCUGCCGCCGAGGACUUCAGGACCGCCCUCAAGGAUAUUGGCAUCAAGGGUGCCUCGCACCGAAGCUUCAUCUCAACGCUUGCUGGCCUCCUCAAGCUCGGUAACACGCUUGAUUACAACGUCGAUGAGGACGUUCUGGAAGAUGUUUGCGAAGACGUGAGCGGUCUCCUUGGAAUGGAACCCGAGGUGCUUAUGAAACAAUGCACGACCGAAGACCGUUCGACAUUUGUUGGUGGACUCUAUGAAGCCCUCGUCGAUUGGGUCAUCACGAAGGCCAACGCUGCCAUCGCCGCCCAAAUGACCCGCAUCAAGGAUGGCGCUGAGUCUCUCGACGGACGUGGGGUGCGAACACCCACCAGUAACGAGGAGGGUGAAGACACCGUCUGCAUCAGUGUCAUUGAGAUCCCCAGCCCAACGCUCGGCAAGGCUUUGGCUUUGCGUGGCGUCUUUGACGAUUCCAUGGGCAUCAACUCGGAGAUGAUUGCUGACGGCAUCGAAGUGCCCGCCACUGGCAGCUCCGUGCUCCGUGAAAUGCAAAAUGCCGUUGCCGAGGUUGCUCCUGACCUGGGCAUCAGCUCGACUCCAGCCAGCAGGGAAAGGCAACAUGAGCUGGAGAAGAGGGAAGAGAUUCUCGAGAAGAUUGGUCUGUCCGCUGAUGAUGACGGAUUCAUCAAACAGCUGUUGUUCCCGGUCGCCGGUGAAGGCAUUAACCUAGGCACCCACAGUCGCCUCGAUUUGCCAGCCCUGCUUGCCUCAAGCCGUGUGUGGUACCACCUCUCUCUCCACCCCACCGAUGACUCCCCAGCCAGCUUGGCUGCUUUGCCUUCUGUCACAUCUGCUUGGUCGGCUGGUACCGUUUCUCGCCAGCUGCGGGCCUGGCGCCUCCCCGAGUGGGCCAACAGGCGCAACAAGAACCUUGAUUUCACCGCUGACUUCGACAUCGAAGAGUUUGUUCAGCGGUACUCGGCGCUAGGAUGCAAAGACGGGCGGGAUGGCAUUGAGACGUGGCUCUUGGAGCGUGGCUGGAGCAAUGGCGAGGUCAUUGUCGGCAAAGAGCGUGUCUGGAUGCGUGAGUCUGCCUGGUGGGAAGCUGAAAGCAUGCUCGACCUCAAACCGUUGAACAACCUCCCUGGCGUUGGCAACAUGAUGGCUGUCAACCACCUCGAGUCUGGUUAUUCAAACAAUGGCAGUGGCUACUUCCCAGGCCAGGUCAUUCUUGAUGAUCACAGCGGGAGCAACGGUGUCGUCAACCAUCAGCGCAAUUUUAGCCACGGCAACAUGUCCCAAGCGACGUUCAACCAGAACCCUGUGGCAGCACCUUCGAUCGCACCGACGCGUAUGACGGGCAUGACGGGCAUGCGCAACGUCGCCGUUGGUGACUAUGGCCUUGGGCACAAAGGCGACACCCACAAAGGCGCAGUCUACUACAACGAGGACGGUGAGUUCAUUGGUCCUCUCGACCCUGAACUCGCCGAUGGCAAGCAAAUCGAGACGAAGUCUCUGCCGAUGAAGCGUAGAGUCUGGGUCUUCAUCGUCUGGGCUUUCACCUGGUGGAUUCCUUCCCCAUUGCUUCGCUACGUCGGACGCAUGAAGCGGCCUGACGUUCGCAUGGCCUGGCGUGAGAAGCUUGUUCUUUGUUUCUUCAUCUUGUUCUUGAACGCUCUAAUUGUCUUCUGGAUCGUUGCGUUCGGCCGUCUUCUGUGUCCCAACUUCGACAAGGCAUACUCUCAGAAAGAAGUCGAUACCCACCAAGGACAAAGCGACUUCUGGGUCAGCAUUCACGGCAAAGUUUAUGACAUCUCCAAGUUUUGGAAACAGCAACACUCGGACCAAGAUAUUGAGACCACACGGGAAAACAUGCUUCCACUCGCCGGCAUGAAUCUCGACGACUAUUUUGUUGCUCCUCUGCCCCUGACUUGCCCUGGCCUUGAUAUCGAGGACUCUUUCCGCCUCGAUCUCAACAAUACCUUGGAAUUCCAGAUUGCUGCUCACACAUCUGGCUACUAUCAGUCAAACCCUGUCACGAAGCUUCGAGCCGCAGAUUGGUACAGCAAACGUUUUGAACCCAGAAUCAAGGAAUACUUCCACGGCGAUCUAGUUUGGUCCAAGGGGACAGUCCGUAAGCAGGGCGAGAACGACGGACGCCAAUGGGUCAUUUACGACGACAAGAUUUACGACUUGACCAACUACUUCCACACGCAAAAGCGUCAGAAGAAUCUGGGUGGCUCCACUUUCUUGAACGAGAAGCUUAUCAACGUGAUCAAGCAAAAUCCUGGCGCCGAUGUCACCGAUCAAUGGAACGACGUCUUGGAACGGGCCGCCGGUAACGCCACUGAGAACCAGAGCGUUCAGAACAGCAUGAACUGCAUCCGCAACACAUUCUAUAAGGGUAUUACAGACUUCAGAGAGACGCCCAAGUGUACUGUCAACAACUGGCUGUUGCUGGCUUUCAGCAUCAUGUUGUGCGCAGUCAUUCUACUCAAGUUUGUAUCUGCACUGCAGUUCGGUUCCAAGAGGCGCCCCUCGCCGCAAGAUAAGUUCGUCAUUUGCCAGGUGCCCGCCUACACUGAGGGUGAAGAGUCCCUUCGAAAGGCUCUUGACUCUCUCACUGCUCUUCAGUACGACAACAAGAGAAAGCUCAUCUGUGUCAUCUGCGACGGUGUCAUUGUUGGUCAAGGCAACGACCGCCCGACGCCUAAGAUUGUUUUGGACAUCUUGGGUGUCGACCCCAAGAUCGACCCUCCCGCCCUGGCCUUCAAGUCCGUCGGUACUGGAAGCGAGCAGCUCAAUUACGGCAAGGUUUACUCGGGUCUCUACGAAUUCGAAGGCAAUGUCGUUCCCUAUCUUGUUGUCGUCAAGGUUGGCAAGGAAUCCGAGCAAAGUAAGACGAAGCCUGGCAACCGUGGCAAGCGAGACUCCCAGAUUCUCCUCAUGAGCUUCCUCAACCGCGUCCACCACCGCUCUCCAAUGAACCCGCUUGAACUCGAAAUGUUUCAUCAGAUCAACAACAUCAUCGGUGUGGACCCCGAGCUAUACGAAUACCUCUUCAUGGUCGACGCCGAUACCUCUGUCCGCGAGGACUCGCUGAAUCGUCUUGUUGCCGCCUGUGCUAACGAUGGCAAGAUUGCUGGUAUAUGUGGCGAAACAGCUCUGCAAAACGAUGAAAAGACCUGGUGGACUAUGAUCCAGGUCUAUGAGUACUUCAUUUCCCACCACCUGGCCAAGGCUUUCGAAUCGUUGUUCGGCAGUGUGACCUGUUUGCCUGGAUGCUUCACCAUGUAUCGCCUGCGUACCGCCGAUAAGGGCAAGCCUCUCAUCAUCUCUGACGGCGUCAUUCAGGAGUACAGCGUAUGCGAUGUCGACACAUUGCAUAAGAAGAACCUGCUGGCCCUUGGUGAGGAUCGUUACCUGACGACCCUGAUGACCAAGCAUUUCCCGUUCAUGUCCUACAAGUUCAUUCCCGACGCAUACUGCCAGACCGCGGCACCGGAGUCAUGGAGCGUUCUCUUGUCCCAGCGUCGUCGCUGGAUUAACUCAACGAUGCACAACCUGUUCGAGCUGAUGCAGCUCAAGGAGAUGUGUGGUUUCUGCUGCUUCAGCAUGCGUUUCGUCGUCUUCAUUGAUCUCUUCGGAACCAUCAUCCUCCCCGCCACGUGUGUCUAUCUCGGCUACCUCAUCUACCUCGUCGCUAGCGGCACUGGCCAGUUCCCCUUGAUCUCCAUCAUCAUGCUGGCAGCCGUGUACGGUCUCCAGGCUUUGGUUUUCAUCCUCAAGCGUCAGUGGCAACACAUUGGUUGGAUGGUGAUCUAUAUCUUGGCUUUCCCCAUCUACUCCUUUAUUCUGCCGAUCUAUUCUUUCUGGAACCAGGACAACUUCUCGUGGGGAAACACGCGUAUCGUCAUUGGAGAGAAGGGCAACAAGCAGAUCGUGGCCGUCGAUGAUGAGGGCUAUGAUCCCCGCAGCGUUCCUCUGCAGCGUUGGGAUGAUUAUGCCCAGGCCAACCAGCUACCUGGUCGUCGCGGCGGAUACCCUGAGAAGUACGAAGGCGAAUACCAGGACCAGUACGAGAUGGACGAAAUCAAGUCUGUCUACUCGUCUGUCCGCCAGGGAUCUGUCAUUACGGGCAUGCAAAACCGCCAAAACCCCUACAUGCCCCCUCAGUCACCUGCGCUCUUUGGCACGCCCAGCCCCGGCCACAUGACCCGGCAUUCGACCAUGACUGGCGCUGGACCCUUUGCUGAUCCCCAUCUGGCUCAUCGUCAGUCCAUGGCCUCCAUGGGCGCCCAUGACAUCCAGCGAACCCAGUCCCCGUACGCCGAUUACCCUGCCCGUUCCAUGGGCAACCUCCAUGGUCACGCCAGCAACCCGUCUCUGAUGGGCGGCAACCGCUCUUCUACUGCCCUUGGCUUCGCCGGCGGUAACCGCGCUGCGGAGGCUUCGUCGUCCACCUUUGAUUUCCAGCGUGGUCUUGCCGGGCCUGACGAUGGCAUGAUCGUCGAAGCCAUCCGCAGCGUCCUCAUGGAGGUCGAUCUCGACACGGUGACCAAGAAGCAGGUGCGCGCCCUGGUGGAGCAAAGACUGCAGUCCGAGCUCGUUGGUGAGAGGCGCACUUUCAUGGAUCGCCAGAUCGACCACGAGCUGGCCAACAUGUAA